CAAACUACGAAGUGAAAUGACACUAAAAUUCUUGUUAGUAUUUUUUGGAUUGAUAAUUUUGUAUUCAGAAGCGAAGCUGAAACAAAAAUUUCAAGCGAAGAGAAAGUUAUUCCAGAAUGUUUAUGGAAAAAUGGAUGGUAAUAUCAGAGACGGUGAUGCUGGUGAUCCACUCAUACUAACGGAUUUGAUAAACGAAGGAAAAAUUGAUGAAGCGCGACACGCCGCCGCAGUAACAUCUGACAUAUUUUUAGGAAUUGAAAGUUAUUCUGGUUACCUCAGGGUUGAUGAUACCUAUAACUCUAUUUUAUUCUUUUGGUUUUUACCAUCGCAAUCUAAUGCCAAAUUAGAUCCUCUAGUAAUGUGGCUUCAAGGUGGACCUGGAGCUAGUUCCAUGUAUGGGCUUUUCAACGAAAAUGGACCGUUUGUGAUUGGGGAGAAUGGAAGUUUGAUACUAAGAGAAACUCACUGGGGUGAAACCAAUUCACUAUUAUAUUUUGACCAACCGGCUGGAACUGGAUUCAGUAAAACUAAUAAUGGAUAUGCACAAAAUCAAACGAAAGUCGGGGAUGAUUUAUAUACAGCGCUCAUUCAAUUCUUCAAACUUUUUCCAAAUUUACGGGAAACUGAUUUCUUUAUAACUGGAGAGUCUUAUGGCGGAAAAUAUAUACCUGCUAUUGGACACAAAAUUUUCAGAAGUAAUCCAACUGCAGAUCUGAAAAUCAACUUGAAGGGACUAGCUAUUGGUAAUGGUUGGUGUGUACCAGAAUAUCAGUUGAGGUAUUCGGAGUAUGUGCAUCAACAUGGGCUUAUAGAUUUAUCUGUUAAAAACGCCAUGAACGAUAUGGAGGAAAAAGCCAUUCAACUGAUUCAACAAGAAGAGUAUGGUGCUGCUCUAGCUGUUAUGGAGGAAGACUUUGGUUCAUUAUUUUCAUUAUUUGGACAAGCAGCUUCGUAUAUCGAUCCCUAUAACUACCUUAAAGUAUCACUUACUGACAACGAAGCGAAUUUAAACAACUUUUUGAGUAGAGAAGACGUACGUAGAGCUAUUCAUGUCGGAAAUAAUGAAUUUACCGAUGAUUCUAAUGUGUAUACAAAUCUUGAAGAUGAUAUUCCAAAAUCCAUAGCAAAUCUCCUCAUCGAUCUUAUCAAUAACUAUCGAGUUGUAUUGUACAACGGUCAACUCGACAUUGUUGUAGCCUAUCCAAUGAUGAUUACAUAUCUGCAAAAUUUGAAUUUUGAUGCUGUAGAAGAGUAUAAAAAUGCGGAAAGAAAAGUUUGGUAUUCCGAUAACAAUGAUAUCAUGGGUUAUACCAAAACUGCUGGAAACUUGACGGAAAUUCUAGUGAGAAAUGCGGGACAUAUGGUACCUUCAGAUCAACCAGAAGUGGCAUUGAAACUCAUCAAUCAAUUAGUGAGGAAUAUACCCUUCAACUAAAAUUAGUGUUUAAUGACUGCACAGACAGAUAUAUAAUCAUCAUAAUUCGAAUUUGGGCGGGCAAAAUUGAUUUUUCCGAGUCCCAUCAUGUACAAUUCAUGAAAAUAAUAGAUGCAACAAGUAUAGACGAAUAUGUACGUGACCAAAUAAAUAUUUGUCUUCUAAUAGCUUUAAUUGGUCUCUGUCAAUAACAUAGAAUAAAAAAAAUAUGAAAAAUGUUUGAGAAAACAGAAUUAAUAAUAAAAAUCGAAAUCACAUCGCUUCGAAAUUAACUAUUUCCUCCUUCUAUCCAUUAAUGGAUGUUUGCCACAACUUCUAACCAUUUCAUUCUGGUGGUAUUAAUUAAUUUUCCUGUGGUUCUUAUUCCUCUCCAAUUUUCUACAUUUUCGAACCAAAACACCCUUUUUAGGUCCAAUCCCUUUCAUUCCUCUAGCUUUUCCUCCAUCAAGAAUUGAAGGAAAUGGUACGUUCUCUUCCUAUUCUCCUCAGAAUUUCUUUCUUGCCCUCCAUGGAAGACUUAAAAUUCUUCGGUAGAUCCACAUCUCAAAUGCCUCCAAUUCGUUCAUAGUGUUAACUUUCAGUGCCCAACCUGCCAUACCUUACAAUAGCACGGACCAUACGUACACACGAUUUUGUGGAUCUUAUUCUGAACUUAAGGUGAAAGUCAGAUUUUUUUGAUUCCAUGAUGAUCUCCUCGAUUUUUCUAUCCGGCACUUUAUCUUCACGCUCGUUGACCAGUCUUCACUUAACCAAGUUUCCAGAUAGUUAAACUUCAAUCAUACGUUGACAAUAAAAACAAACAAUGACAAGAUGGAUUUUAAACUUCAUGCGCAGGAAAAUUUUAACCAGAAAACGUUGAAUCACUCAACUCUGGAUGUAAGAUGGUUUUUUGAUGGAAAGCUUCAUUUCUGUAAGCUGCAGAUGGAUUCACAACUACAAGAUUUGUUUGACGUGUGUACUGACAGUUUUGCAUGACAGUUCAGCUCAAAUGAAGAAGCAAUUGCUGAAACUGAAGUUAUUUGGAAGCAAAAGACAAAUCCUUUUACAAACACGGCAUCGAGAAGAAGUAUUGGAAUGAUUAUAUUGCCCUUGAAGGAGAUUAUAUCAAUAAAUGAAAUCGAUUUUUGAUAAAAA